UCUUACAAUUUCUAUUUUACUCUUAUAGUAAUUUAUAAAUAAAAUGUAUUAUAAAAUGAAAUUUAUCGUAAUUAUACCGCUACUAAUAAUAUUUAAUUGUAUUAAAUGUGAAUUAGAGAAAUGCUUUCACCAUGACGAUCAUCCAUUUCAAUUCUUUGCUUCAAAAACUGCAUAUAGUUAUGUAUCAUCCAAACAAAACUAUACUCAAUCAAAUUGUAAGACAUUGCAAUUGUGGCUGUUAUGCAGACAUGGUACGCGAAAUCCUGGAAGCGAUACUAUUGAUAAAAUAUCGAAUUUAAACGAGUAUAAAAAUAACCUAACGAAUAAUUCAAAUUUAUGCAAAGAAGACUUCGAGGCUAUUAAAACAUGGAUUUUUAAUUUGACUGAAAAAGAUGAAGACAAACUCAAUAGUCAAGGUGUUAACGAUUUAUUGUCUUUGGGAUCAAGACUUCAAAGUUUAUAUAAAGAUAUAUUCAACCAACCAUAUAAUCCCAAAAUAUACCGUGUGUUAUCAUCGCCUAAAGAAAGAUCAAAGGAUAGUGCAUUUUAUUUUUUAAAAUCUGCCUUUAAUGUGAAUGUUACUGAUAUACCAUUAAUAAAUAGCGAUGAUAUAAAAUUAAACAUAUCUAAAUUUGAAAAUGAACAUGAUAACGAAGAAUUCAAAAAAUUUCGAUACAGUAUACACAUGCAAGAAGUAAUUGUCAGAGUAUCGAAGAUUUUGGGACUGGAUCGUAAUCUGACAUAUAAUACAAUAAAAGCUAUGUAUGAUUCAUGUCGAUUUGAAAGAUCAGUAAACUUAAAUUCUCAUCCAGCUUGGUGUGCUGUAUUUUCUCAAAAAGAUUUAGAAGUUCUUGAGUAUGUUGAAGAUUUAAAUUAUUAUUACUUAAAUGGAUAUGGUGACUCAUACAACGAAAGACUUGGUUGUCCGAUUGUAAAAGAUCUUAUGAAUAAUUUCAAAUAUAAAUCUCAAACACAACUCGGGCCAAAAGGAGUGUUUUAUUUUGGUCAUUCAUCGAACGUGUUUAGUGCAAUUGUUAGAUUAGGGUUUGCCAGAGACACUUCACCUCUGCUAAGCUCAAACUUCGAGGAUAUGCGCGAUAGAAAAUGGAAAACAUCAUAUUUGAGUCCUUUUACAUCAAAUCUGAUGGCCGUUCUUUACGAAUGCCAUGGUGUGAAAAAAGUAACAUUCUUUAUCAACGAAAUUCCAAUGACUGUGGAAAAAUAUGGAUGUACAUUAUGUCCAUGGAAGUUGAUCGAAAAUAUGUUUGAUCCAAUUAUUUCUAGCCCAUCCUGCACGUUUGAUGAAAACUCGUCAGCUUCCAGUGUUUCCAGAACAAUGAAUUUAUUCUUUUUCACUUAUUCAUUAUAUAUAUUUUUUUAUUUUAAUUAUUCAUAGAAUUUUCACCAACAAACAAUUACAGCGCAUAUUAUACUUACACAACAUCUUAACUUUUAGUGAUGUACUUGAAAUCAGAUUACAUACGAAGGAUCAAGCUUAAAUUACUUCAAAUGAAAAUUACAUUUUUAAUUAGGUUUUAUCAAUUACCAAUUGUUUAUAUAAUAAUUGAAUUGUAAUAAAAUAAUUGUAUUUACAUUUUAU